UUAAAAAUAGCAAAAUGAAGCUGGAGCAAUUAGAGAAUAUAUUGGGAACACUAGAAGGCUUCACAGUGAAAGAGAACUGGGACAGGUUCUUCACCAUUCGAGGCAGUGACAAUGAAUUCGAGUGGUACGCUGAGUGGGCCGACCUCAGAGGCCCACUCCUCGCCCACCUCUCGAAGCUCCAGUCCCAAACCCUACCGCUGCAAAUACUCGUUCCGGGUUGCGGCGUUUCCAACCUCUCUGAUCACCUCUACGACGCUGGGUUUAAGGCCAUCACGAACAUUGACUUCUCUGAGGUUGCCGUGUCUGAUAUGCUGCACCGCAAUGCGUGCCAACGCCCUGGUAUGAAAUGGCAAGUCAUGGACAUGACCACCAUGCAGUUUGAAGAUGAGAGCUUUGACGUUGUGGUUGACAAAGGUGGAUUGGAUGCCUUGAUAGAGCCCGAGUUUGGUCUUAAGAAGGGGAAUCAAUAUUUAUCAGAGGUAAAUAGAGUUUUAAAAUCGGGAGGAAAAUUUGUUUGCUUUACGUGGGGUUUCUCCGAUGUUCUGGGUUUGCUCUUCUCCAAUUUCCGGCUUGGUUGGAAAAUGGGUAUUUAUCCCAUGCCUCUGAAACCAAACUGUACCAAGCCAAAUGAUCUUCAGACUUUUAUGGUGGUUGCUGAAAAGGAGAUGCCUUCUGCAUUGCAUCAGAUAACAUCAACAUUCAAAAUUUCUCAUGGAAAUCAGACUUGUAGCCUCCUUGAAGCUCUUGAAAACGAGAAUCGAGUUCGUAAAGAAUACUCCACUGCUGGUUCUGAUAUGGCUGUGCUCACCUGA